AUGGAUUUGCCGACAAACGAAGCUUUGGUCAGCAAGCCAAGAAAGAAGAAGCCUUUAACAACAGCUCAACACACAUUACCAUCACCCAGCGACAUUACCAAAAGCUCCCACGAAACUCGGACAAAUUCGACUCGAAAGGGGCAAAAGGCAUCCAAGAAGGGGGCCACAUACGAAAUCCCGACAGGUUUCACACCGGACAAGAUAGAUUCGGCUGCAGAUGCCGAGCUGACAGCAGGCAACGAGUACCGAGCCCUAAGGCGAAAGUAUUUGCUUCUGGAAGAGGAAAGCUUUGGGUUAGGACGGGAGUUGAAAGUGGUCGAGGAUGAUAUUAAGGCACUUGAGGAGGAGAAACUGUCUUUACUAGACGAGCUGGUUGUCUUGGAAGGCCUCGUGGACCCUUUAAACGUUCAUGCCAGAAAGCCGUAG